CGUUUUUCUCGCUCAAUGAUUUUUGCCAUUGAGGAGAUCAACAACAGCACAGAGCUGCUACCGGGCAUAAAACUUGGAUAUCAGAUCUAUGACUCAUGUGCUUCAGUGCCCAUGGCAGUUGAUGUGGCAUUUCAACUGUCUAAUGGCCAGGACCCUGUGUUUUCUAAAGGCAGCAACUGUUCCCAAUCUGGUGUAGUGUUGGCAGCUGUUGGUGACUCUGCAUCCACACCAUCAAUCAGCAUAUCUCGCAUUUUUGGAUCCUUCAACAUCCCUCUGGUGAGCUACUUUUCUACCUGUGCCUGUUUGUCAGAUAAACAGCAGUACCCAAGUUUCUUCAGAACAAUUCCCAGUGAUCAUUUCCAAGCUGAUGCUCUGGCCAAGCUGGUGAAACACUUUGGCUGGACAUGGAUAGGCGCUCUUCGCUCUGACACAGAUUAUGGAAAUCAUGGAAUGGCAUCUUUUCUUGAUGCAGCUCAAAGAGAGGGGAUCUGUGUGGAGUACUCUGAAGCCUUUUCCUGGGAAGACCCAUAUAUCAAGAUUCAAAGAGUUGCUGACAUUAUCCGCAGAUCAACAGCACUGGUUGUUGUGGCUUUUGUAGCCUCUGCAGAUAUGAAGGUCCUGUUAGAAGAGAUGUCUCGCAAACCUCCACCACCUCGACAGUGGGUAGGAAGUGAGGGUUGGAUAACUGACCCAAACUAUUUGAGCUUCAGUUUCGGUGCAGGGGCCAUUGGUGUUGGCAUUCAGCGAGCUGUCAUUCCAGGUUUAAGGAACUUUCUGCUGGAUCUCUCUCCCACUGAAAUAGCUUCCUCUUCUCUCCUUAMUGAGUUCUGGGAAGAUGCAUUUAACUGCACAUUGUCAAACAAUGAUUAUCCAAACAAAAAAGUUUGUGAUGGAACUGAAGAUAUAAAUACUCUCAAAAGCCCGUACACUGAAACAUCUCAGUUAAGAAAUACUAAUAUGGUGUACAAGGCUGUUUAUGCAAUAGCUUAUGCCAUCCACAAUGCAGUGUGUGAGGAAACUAAUGGUACUACUAGGUGUGACAAACACUUCAAAUUGGGGUCCAAACAGGUAUUUUCCAAACUAAAACUCGUUAACUUUACCAAAAACGGUUAUCCUGUGUCAUUUGAUGCUAAUGGAGAUCCUGUGGCUUUUUAUGAACUGGUCAACUGGCAAAAGAGUGAAAGUGGAGUUAUUGAGCUGGUAACAGUAGGAUACUAUGAUGCAUCACUGCCUAAAGGCCAGGAGUUUCGGAUCAACAGAAACAUAACCUGGGUGAAUGGUGGCACGCAAGUUCCAGUGUCAGUGUGUACUAAAAGCUGUCCUCCAGGAACUCGUAAGAUGUUACAGAAAGGAAAACCCAUCUGCUGCUAUGAUUGUAUACCAUGUCCUGAAGGAGAGAUCAGUAACAUGACAGAUUCCAUUAAUUGCUUCCCAUGUCCCAGUGAACUCUGGCCUAAUGCACAGAUAGAUGCGUGCUUACCUAAACCUGUUGAGUUUUUGUCAUUUGAUGAAGUUCUGGCAAUCAUCCUGGCUGUAUUCUCUGUUAUUGGAGCCUGUCUGGCCAUCAUAACUGCAAAUGCCUACAAAAAGGAGGCUCAUUUCUGA